UUGCUAUGCGCCAUUUGCAGAAUAGUUGGGAAUCCCUUCCCUUCCCUGUUGGUCGCUUGAGAAUCUAAGCGAGGAAUAACUCGCCGCGGGGGGAUCAGAACACGAAGACGCCUGCUCAAGCGGAAUAGCCCCGAGUUCAACUUCUCCUCCACAGUUGUCGGAGAUCAGCACGGGCCGUCAUAUACUCCAAGGCUGCAUCCAGUCCAACAAGAUUAGGUGACACGAGAGCCUGAUUCCUGUCAUUCUCAUGAUAUCGAGUAUGGAUAUAUGUAAUACUGCAGCUGCCCGCUGUCGAUGGGAGGGAUGUUCAGAUCAGCCUCCCCGCUCCAUCCCAAGUGGGACGAGAGAUCCUCCGUGUCAACUUGUCCCGACAGAGGACACGCGGACGAUUUGAUGUUGAUGACUUCCGUUUCAGGGUCCCCGUCUUCGGGCCUCGACCGCAUUCUUAUCGAGCAGAGACGCGAUGGAUGGCGGCUCAGGCCAUGUCGGGGCACUGUGCGCUUCCGCGCAUUCGAGGCGAGAAUGGUGUUGUUGUUGCGUUUGACGAUUGCAGGGCGCGUGAAACUUCAAGAACAAGAUCCAGCCCUGUCCACUCACGACGCAUUCAUUAGCUGUACUCAGUCGCAGGGUGUGUCGUAUGCGAAGCUCCAAUCAUCAAGAAGAACCUCUCGCGCAUGCUGCGAAUGGGCCCGCUCCAUACCGUUGACCAUAGAGGACAUGGUCUGUAGCCGAGAUCACGAUCAUCUUGUGCUCGGGGUCCUGGCACUCCGUGACUCUGUGGCUCAUAAAGGCUUACUAGAACAGUCCGUAAUGACUUAUACACAGGUAGUCAGUUCUUGCUGUCGGCCUUGACGCGCUCCUGAUCGGCGGCAACAGGGGCGCCGUGCGUCGGGAUUUGUUUCCCCAGUGAAUCUUGUAGUGCUUUAGUUUCCUUUAUGAAUACUUAAUAGCAGAGACUUGAGUCUCC